AUGUCUGACAAAGAUGGAAACGAGUCAUGGACUGAUGACAUAUUAUCAUCCGAACCACCAUCUGAAGAGGAAUCCCUUGUCGUCGGUAACAAAUUCGCCUUCUCACCAGGCCAACUCAACAAGCUUCUGAACCCGAAGUCCGUCCAUGCCUUCUAUACAUUAGGUGGCCUAAAGGGCCUUGAAUAUGGACUACAGACAAACCUCGCCGCUGGCUUAUCAACAACAGAGACUAUUCUGCCUCGAUAUGUCACGAUAGACGAAGCCAGGCAGGUAGCCUGGUCAAAUAAAGCGAUCGCCACCUCCUCGCAUAUUCAGGGGAGUAUUCCCCUACCAUCGCAGCCAUCGAAAGACUCCGUCCAGUUCACCGACCGAACGCGGAUAUUCGGUACAAAUGCACUUCCCUCUGCGCCGAAGAAAAAAUUCCUCCGUCUCGUAUGGGACGCAUAUAACGACAAGAUUAUCAUCCUCCUCACCAUCGCCGCGGUCGUCUCCCUUGCCCUCGGUAUCUAUGAAGCCGCAUCGGGUCAGUCCCAGGUUGACUGGAUUGAAGGGGUGGCAGUGUGCGUUGCGAUUGCGAUCGUGGUUUCUGUUACGGCAGGCAAUGACUGGCAGAAACAAAGGCAAUUUGGAAAGCUGAACAAGAGGAAACUCGACCGCGAAGUUAGGGUUAUCCGCGAUGGACAAACAAUCCGAGUUCAUAUCACUGAGCUCACCGUCGGGGACGUCGUGCAUCUGGAGCCUGGGGACUCGGCGCCUGCUGAUGGAGUUGUGAUCACAAACCAUGAGAUUAAAUGCGAUGAGUCCACUGCUACCGGGGAGUCAGACCAGGUUGAAAAGGUCAGCGGUUACAAGGCCUGGGAGAGGCUCCAGGUUGGGCCACUCGAAAUGGACGUGGAUCCGUUUAUUAUCUCUGGGAGCAAGGUGCUUGAAGGGCUAGGAACAUAUGUUGUUACCAGUGUCGGGCCUCAUUCAACAUAUGGGCGGAUUAUGGUCUCACUGGGGGCUGAGACAGAUCCCACGCCGUUGCAGGUGAAGCUUGCGCGAUUGGCGAACUGGAUAGGAUGGUUUGGGCUGGGUUCGGCCUUACUUCUGUUCACCGUCCUGUUCAUCCGGUUUCUCGUCCAGCUAUCCGGUAUCUAUCAAAACGAUAGUCCGGCUGUUAAAGGUCAACACUUUAUGGACAUCCUAAUCGUUGCAGUCACCGUCAUAGUAGUAGCAAUUCCAGAGGGCCUCCCACUGGCCGUUACCCUGGCGCUCGCCUUCGCAACGGCGCGCAUGCUGAAAGAAAACAACCUCGUCCGGUUGCUCCGUGCAUGCGAGACCAUGGGCAACGCGACAGUAAUAUGCUCCGACAAGACAGGGACGCUAACUCAGAACAAAAUGUCCGUCGUUGUGGGAUUUCUCGGCACUAGCGAAGUGUUCGGUCGACGGCCAUCCGAUAUAUUAGAGCCGUCGUCGACGACCGUCUCAGACGCUGUUGCAAGGUUCCCUUCUCAGGUCAAGCAGCUUCUCGUCCAUAGUUUAGCCUUGAACACCACGGCAUUCGAAGAGAAGCGCGAUACAGGGACGGAAUUCGUUGGGAAUAAAACCGAAAUUGCGUUGCUACAGCUUGCAUGUGAGCAGCUAGGUAUGAGCUUGUCUGAGGUACAAAGGGAGAACCAUGUAGAGCAUGUCUACCCUUUUGACUCGUCGCGAAAAGCCAUGGCGGUGGUAUACCGAUUGCCGGCUGGGUAUCGGAUUCUCGUCAAAGGUGCCCCUGAGCUUCUCCUUAACACUGCUACACGAAUGGUGCAAUCUGCCGUAUCAAACGAGACAGGAAUACCCACCGGCCCGAUCCUAGACGAGGACCGCCGGUAUAUUUCCAGAACGAUAGACGCCUACGCUAAGGACUCCCUUCGAACAAUCGGAAUUGCAUAUCGCGACCUUCCCUCUUGGCCACCGACAAACAAAACUGAACAUCCCAGCUUCGGCGAGAUCCUAGAGGACAUGGCUUGGAUAGGGGCAUUUGGGAUUCAUGAUCCACUCCGGCCAGAAGUCACAGAGGCUAUUUGGAACUGCCACUCAGCUGGAGUACAGGUCAAAAUGGUUACGGCAGGAGACAAUAUCAACACCGCGCUCUCUAUUGCCGAGGCGUGCGGUAUCAAGACCGACGAAGGCAUGGCGAUGGAAGGCCCCGAGUUAAGGAAGCUCGAUCAGGAGCAAUUGGAUCAGGUUGUGCCUAAGCUACAGGUCCUAGCCAGAUCUUCACCGACUGACAAGGAGCUUCUUGUGAAGCAUCUUAAACGACUUGGAGAGAUUGUUGCGGUCACUGGUGAUGGCACCAAUGAUGGACCUGCCCUGAAAUCUGCGGAUGUUGGGUUCUCAAUGGGCAUGAGUGGCACUGAAGUGGCGAGGGAGGCCAGUUCCAUUAUUCUCCUGGAUGACAAUUUUAGAUCCAUCGUCACUGCUAUUUCCUGGGGAAGGGCCGUCAAUGAUGCCGUGGCCAAGUUUCUUCAGCAGUUCCAAAUCACCGUCAAUAUCACUGCGGUUCUGCUCACUGUGAUAACAGCAAUAUACAACAGCAGAAACGAGAGUGUCUUCAAGGCCGUCCAGCUUCUGUGGCUUAAUCUGAUCAUGGACACGUUCGCUGCCCUAGCUCUGGCCACCGAUCCCCCAACGGCGGACAUCCUCAAACGCCCCCCAACUCCCCGUCACGCCUCGUUAUUCACCGUUACCAUGUGGAAGAUGAUUCUUGGUCAGUCCAUAUACAAGCUGACUAUCUGCUUCGUUCUUUAUUUCUCCGGAAACACGAUACUGGAUCUCGAUAAACACUCUCCCCAUGAAAUGCUCGAACUCGACACGAUCAUCUUCAAUACCUUCGUCUGGAUGCAAAUAUUCAACGAACUCAAUUGCCGGCGCUUAGACAACAAGUUCAACGUCCUUGAAGGCAUCCAUCGUAAUAGGUGGUUCCUUUUUAUCAAUGUCCUCAUGGUUGGUGGCCAGAUAUUAAUUAUCUUCGUCGGGGGCGCAGCAUUCGGUGUCACAAGGUUAAGUGCGGGGCAGUGGGGGAUUUGUCUGGGAUUUGCGGCGCUCUGUAUCCCAUGGGCAGCUAUCCUCAAGUUCAUUCCUGAUCAGUACGUGGGUGUCUUGAUUCGCUGGUUUUCGAAGGCCGUCAGGGCUGUUUGGAAGCCAAUGGCAAAGGCAUAUACAGCGGCAGCAUACGGGGUGAGGAGGUGUAUCAGGCCGGCAAGUGCGAGGCGGCGAAAUGGAAAGGCUCGUGUUAUAGACGAAGAGACCCCUGCUGUCACCGUACAAUAG